GUGACUCCUCCUCGACCAAAUGCCUGCAGGCGAAGAAGACGACGGCAGUUCGUGUACCCGCUGCUCAUCACAGUCUGUACUUAACUCCUGAAUUGAUAUUUUUUAUAACUUUUUUUUAUCAGUUAGUUGUUGUUUUUUUGGGGUUGUGAAGAAUCCCUGCGCGAUCAUGAAUCCGCCCUGUGGAAGAUGCAAUAAGCCAGUUUAUCCCACAGAAAAAAUAAAUUGCCUUGAUAAGUAUUGGCACAAAGGUUGUUUCAGCUGCGAGGUAUGCAAGAUGGCCCUGAGCAUGACGACCUACAAAGGCUUUGAGAAGAAGCCUUACUGCAGUAUGCAUUACCCCAAAACCUCCUUCACCAUAGUGGCUGACACCCCCGAGAAUCUGCGUCUCAAACAACAGAGCAUGCUCAACAGUCAGGCGCUCUAUAAGGAGGACUUUGAAAAGAACAAGGGGAAAGGUUUCAGCGUGGUGGUCGACACUCCGGAGAUGCAGAGAGUGAAGAAGACGCAAGACCAGAUCAGUCACGCUCUUUACAAGGAGGACUUUGAAAAGAACAAGGGGAAAGGUUUCAGCGUGGUGGUCGACACUCCGGAGAUGCAGAGAGUGAAGAAGACGCAAGACCAGAUCAGUAACAUAAAGUACCAUGAAGAUUUUGAGAAGAGCAGGAUUCGAAGUGACGCACCUCCUCCUGAGAACAGACAAGACUAUGAGGAACAACCAUCCAACCCUGAGAGAUUCAGUCAGCCGGUCGGGCAGAUGCGUCCUGCUGCUGUAGCACCACCUGGUGGAGGGAAACGUUACCAGGCUGUGUACAGCUAUGCGGCAGCAGAGGCAGAUGAAGUUUCUCUGCAGGAAGGCGAUCUGCUCUUAGACGUGGAGCCGAUAGAUGAAGGGUGGAUGUUCGGAUGCAACCAGCGCACGGGGCAGCGAGGCAUGCUCCCUGCCAACUAUGUCCGACCCGUGUGAAACAAACCGACACAAGGUGGCCCUCCUCCAGCACGAGAUGCCCUGCGAAUCUGCUGUCACCACCAAAUUUUCAGGCGUCUUCUCUGAAUCAGCUUUUGCAAAUGAAAAAUAAUAUUCCCCCAACUGGUUCUGCUUCUUCUUGCCUUCCCCCCCCCCAGAGGUAGAGUUUUGAAAUAUAAGUAAAGAAGUAGUGGUGUGGUCAUAGGUCCUUGUAUAAUUAGAUUAGUCAGUGAGAUUUUAGUAUUUGAGAUACUUUAGUCUCUAGCCUCUGGCCAAAAAAGCCUGACCAUUGGAGUUUUUUUUUUUCCCCAGACACGUAAUACAGCUAUCUCUCGUAUCAGGAGGACAUGGAGGGAAGCACUAUUUUAAAAAAAUAAAAACUACCUGGUUUCUACUAACACAAAGCUUAAUGCUAAUUGGUGAAGUAUCCCUUUAAGGGAAAAGCAGUGAUAAAGGUUGAAAUGUCUAACAGAAACUCACAAAAUAAGGAAGUAAGAGUAAGGCAGAGGGAAUAAAUUCACAAUACUGAAGAAAUGUUAAACCUACAGCUUUUAACUAUACUUCCCACAUUUACUUUCUCAGGAAACCUUUACAGACAUGUCCUUCCGCAGUAAAGUGCAUUCCUUACAAACAGAUGCAGUAAAGUGUAAAAUGUUCUGCAGUUAAAUGAGUUUCUACAACCCAUUUGACAUAAUAAUUUAGGCUGAUUUGAUUAAAAGUUGAAUAUGUAA